AUGUCGAGGUGCUUCCCCUACCCGCCGCCGGGGUACGUGCGAAACCCAGUGGCCGUGGCCGAGGCGGAGUCGACCGCUAAGCUCCAGAAAGAAAGGGAAAAGGCCGAAAAGAAGAAAGAGAAAAGGAGUGACAAGAAAGCUCCCCAGCAGGGUGAGACGUCCAAACAUUCAAAGCACAGCCAUCAGAAGAGAAAGCUUGAAGAUGUCAUCAAAGCUGGGCAGGAUGCCAAAAGGAAAUCGAAAGAAUCAGUUGAGCAGUUGGAGAAGAGUGGACUCUCAGAAGAGCAUGGAGCUCCUUGUUUUGUACAGACGAUUCGUGACUCUCCUGAGAGCUCACAGGACAGCAGCAAGAGACGAAAGGUUGUCCUGCCCAGUCCUAGCCAAGCUAAGAAUGGGAACAUCCUUCGCAUCAAGAUAAAAAGUAAUCAAGAAUCCCAAUCAGCUCUUUUGGAGAAACCAAGGGUUCUUGAGCGACCAUUGGUCCAACAAAUGGGAUCAGGCUCAUCCUUAUUGGGCAAGCAAAAUUCAAUUCAUCAUAAGGUGAAUGUGAGAUCUACCUCUGCUCAGCAAAGGGUAAAUGGUGACUCCCAAACAGUACAAAAAUAUUUGAUUACAGAAACCCCGUCACAGACUAUGCAGAGAGUUGUCCCCCAGCUUGCAGCGAAGGUCACAAAUCAUGUUGAUCCCCCGGUAUCUUUUAAGGCGCCAGUUGGAAGAUCGGACCUACCUCCGAAGUUUUUGGGAAGUGUGGACCCUUCACCUGCUAGAGUGAUGGGAAGAUUUGAUCCACCUGUUAAGAUGGUGUCACAGAGAGUUCAGCAUCCAGAUUGCAUGGUGUCACAGAAAGUUGAUCCUCAGUUAGCAAAGGUGUUACGGAAGGAAACGGGAUCUGCUGUUUGCCUGCCAGAAGCUCCGCAGCCUCCUGUUCUGCAAAAGCCUAAGGACUUGCCUGUUCUCAUGCAGCAGGAGCCCAUCACCUCUUUGACAAAAGAAGAGCCUUGCUUCUCUGGUAGGAACGCGGAAGCAGUUCAAGUGCAGGAUACUAAGCUCUCCCGGUCAGAUCGGAAGAAAAUCCGAAAAGCUGAGAAGAAAGAAAAGAAGUUCAGAGAUCUGUUUGUUACCUGGAAUCCAGUAUUGAUAGAGAAUGAAGGUUCAGAUGUCGGUGAUCAAGACUGGCUGUUCAGCGGUACAAGGAACUCUGAUGCUAGCAUGGCUCAAUGCAAAGCAACUGAUGGUGUAGAGCCGAUCCACCCAAUGGUGCAGCAGCAGCCUUCUUUGCAACCCAGGGCGACUUUUUUGCCGGACCUUCAUAUCUACCAGCUGCCAUAUGUCGUACCAUUUUAA